CUUGAGUCGAAGAUAUCCCAAAGUAAUUAAAAUGAAGUCAGUUUGUGUGUCCAACUGCAUAAACGAUGCAGGCGGGGAUCCUCGCAUCCCCGUACGAGCGACAUACGUGAACCUGUAUAAGUGGCCGGAGUCAGACGCGGAGUUUGUGAGGUCAGCCGUAGAAGGGAGGCAGAACCCUCGUGUGGUGUACAGUAUUUCGUGCAGGCAGAUGUAUCUGAGGAGCUACACUUUUUCAAGGGAGGAGGAAACGCUGCCUGACAACACCCAAAGCUGCUGCUUCCGAAGCAGCAGCGUUAAGGACAAGCAGGUAAUCAAGAACAAGAACAAGAAGAAUAAUAAGAAGAAGAAGAUCAAGGCUAAUAAGAGGAAGCUUAAUUACUGUCUGGCUCUCAGGAGAGCUUUGUUUAGAGUUUUCCACAACUUCCUUUCUUGUGGUGCUUCCAUAGAUGUUGUCGAUCAGAAUCACUAAUUACCUACCCAUCAUCAUCACUCUUCCUUAUCUUAAUUUCCUUUCUAAUUUUUCCUUUUUUGGUUAAUUUAUUUAUCUAAGAUCAAGAAAUGCGAUGGUUUUGUUCUCAAUUUGUAAUGCCUCUAAUUCUGAUAAGUUA